CGCGCAUGCGGGUUGGGAGUUGAGCGGGGAAGAUGGACGUGAAUCAGCCCAAACAGGAGCAUCUGCUGGCGCUGAAAGGGUAGUGCUUCCUGAAGGUGAUAGACUGCUGCAUCCCAAUAUUAUGCUGCUUCUAAAUUGAUGAAGGAAGCACAGUGACAAAUCAAUUCAUUCUGAAUGACUUAUAGAUUUGCAAUUAUGACUGUAUAAGGAGAAAGGCUCGCUAAUAUUGGCCUCCAGGAAUUCAAGCUGCUUGGUGCCCAGAGCCAUCAUUUAUAUGGAGUUAAUGAUACAUUAUAGGCCUAAUCAAGACUGUCCUGAAGUACUGAAAAUUGCAAAAAGAUUGCUGGAAGACUUCCCGCAAAGAACUUCACCAGGAUUUAUACCAUGGUUUCCAAAUAAUAUGCAAAGUUUACCAGUGAAGCCUGAGAAAUGUCCACCAACUAUUUCAAAUGAAGAAGCGAAAAGAAUUGAAAAAUAUUUGGUUGACAUAGAAUUCAAAACAGAAGCUCAAAAUUAUGAUUGCACAGAGGAUCUUCUGGAAUUUUCUGCAAACCUGCUGUGGGAUGGUCCACUUACUCGGGUAGCUGCUGUGGAAUUUCUUCCAGAAAUGGCACAUUUAUGCUGUGGAGUUACAGAUAAGGAAUACAAAUCAGAAAGGUCUUGGAGUAUUGCAGGAUACAGCAGAAUAAGGGGACCAAGCACUUUGGCAGUUAGUCAAAGACUUCAAAUACUCAAGGAGAAGCUCCAGCUGCAUUCUUUUCAAAGGGCAAAGUGGGUCAUUGAUCAAUCCAAUUGCAGUACUCGGCAACUGGAGGAGAUCUGGGUUAAACUGAGCAGUAUUAUCAAACAUGGUGACCUUCCUGGUUGUAAUGCCAAAAUACAUAGACAUCUUGGUCAAAUAUGGGUUUUCUGUGAUCUUGUGUGCUGUGAAUAUGUUGGUAAUCUGAUUAAACAAAUAUUAAAUCUUACAGUGAUGAGAUUAACCAAACCGACGUUGUUUACCAACCUGCCAGUGACCUGUGAAGAUAGAGACCUGCCCGGAGAUCUUUUCAGUCAACUUAUGAAGGACGAUCCCUCUACAGUUAAAGGAGCAGAGACCUUCAUGUUGGGGGAAAUGCUGACUCUCCCUCAGAACUUUGGGAAUAUUUUUUUAGGUGAAACGUUUUCAAGCUACAUCAGUGUACAUAAUGACAGCGUGCAAGUUGUUAAGGAUAUCUUGGUUAAGGCUGACCUUCAGACCAGCUCUCAGCGUUUAAAUCUGUCAGCUUCUAAUGCUGCAGUGACUGAACUUAAGCCUGACCGUUGCAUCGAUGAUGUGAUUCACCAUGAAGUGAAAGAAAUUGGAACACACAUAUACGCACUUGUGUAUUUACAGAACCUGUUUAAUGUUGAAAAUGGUUUCUUAGUCUGUGCAGUCAGCUAUACAACUCAAGCUGGAGAGAAGAUGUACUUUAGAAAGUUCUUCAAAUUUCAGGUCCUUAAGCCACUCGAUGUAAAGACCAAGUUCUACAAUGCUGAAAGUGACCUCAGUUCUGUGACGGAUGAAGUCUUUCUUGAAGCUCAGAUACAGAAUAUCACAACUACCCCAAUGUACAUGGAAAAGGUUUCCCUUGAGCCAUCCAUAAUGUAUAAUGUAACCGAACUGAAUACCGUCAAUAGUGGAGGGAACGGGUAUUCCACAUUUGGGAAAAUGACCUACUUACAGCCUAUGGACACACGACAGUAUCUGUAUUGUCUCAAGCCUAAACCCGAAUUUGCAGAGAAAGCUGGGGUCAUCAAGGGAGUCACAGUUAUUGGAAAAUUGGACAUAGUUUGGAAAACAAACUUGGGUGAAAGAGGACGGCUGCAAACAAGUCAGUUGCAACGAAUGGCUCCUGGAUAUGGUGACGUAAGACUUUCCUUGGAGAUGAUCCCAGAUACUGUAAAUCUUGAAGAACCUUUUGAAGUUACAUGUAAAAUAACUAAUUGCAGCAGUGAGAGGACAAUGGAUCUGGUGCUUGAAAUGUGCAAUACAAAUGCAAUCCACUGGUGUGGCAUUUCAGGAAGACAGCUAGGAAAAUUGAGUCCAAAUUCUUCUCUACAUCUUGCACUUAAGCUAUUGGCCUCCUUGCAAGGGUUACAGAGUAUUUCAGGAUUGAGACUGAUGGAUACGUUUUUAAAAAGAACUUACGAGUACGAUGAUAUUGCACAAGUAUGUGUGGUCUUUUCACACCUAAAACCAGAAAGCUAGAAGCAUCUUCUAGUAUUCGUGUUCCCUUCCUGUGGUUAGCUCUGGACCAAUGGUUGUUUUAAUGAUGUGACCUGCUUUUUCACUAUCGAAAGACUUAUCACCAUAUUCAUAUAAACCAAAACAUGUGAAGAUUUUAUAAUUUUAAAAGAUCUGCUGACACUACCAUCUAUUGGGAAAUAUUAACUUGAGACUGAGUCAAUUGAUGCACUGCCCCUCGCACCUCUGGGACCUACUUUCAACUCCAAUGCAGAUUGAUGAGAUGGCAGUAUUCUCUGAUAGCUGGCUGAAGAGGUCUUGCAUUAAUUAAGUUUGGACAGUCUCAAUCAAUUUCUUAUUGGAUAUAAACCUACAACACGAAACUGCUAUUUGUCACUAAAUUGGUCAUCUUAUUCAAUGAGACCAAAGAGUAUGUGAAAUGGAAAAUUGUCACAAAGGUGCAGAAAUUAAGUGCAUUUCUGAGAAUGGAGCUGAAACGUAUUGUGAAGGCAUGGUAGAGGGUGCUUUACUUUGCAUCUAUCUAUGCAAAAUCUAAUCUGUGUGUGCUUCAUGUUGCCUGAGAUGGAAAGUGGUCCUUUCCCCAGCACCAAGUGAGGUUUCAUGCUGAUGAGCAUAACAUCCAGAGUUUUUUUUUAAAAUAUUUGUUCAAACAUGUUUUUAAUUUUAUGCACAUGUAAUAAAGCUUUAAAUGUACUUAA